UUUCACAUCCUACCGGGUACCCAUUUAGCACCUGGGUCGAGAGUGGCAAAGUGUGGAUUAACUAAUUUUUACUAGUAAAACAAUUGAUGACUGUAUUUGGUAUAUUCAUACAUUUCUACAUUGGUACAUUUUCAGGUUAACCUUCACACAAGAGUGUACAUUGGUGACUGUUUCAGGUACGAUAUCUAUUUCUUAGCGGUGUGUUGUACUAUCGUAAAGAAAAAGUAGUUAUGGUUUAAUUAACUUAACAUAUUUGUAUUUGUGAGAUUCAUCUUUAACUGGUAGUUUAUUGCUGACUACCUUUGGUAGUAAUGUUACCCAUGGACAGUUGAUUUUCCCAUGGUCAAAAAGCAAGGUUUAACUUAAUUUCCUGCCAGCAAGCUGCUUGUGAGGAGCUUGCAGGGAGCAUGCAACUUUUGGAGUUUUAUUUAAUUUCAAUACAAGUGCCAUCAUUAUCAUCCCAACACCCUUUUUUAUGCCUCCACCCUGUAGGGUCCCCAGAAGCUGUCUAGCAGCUGGGGUCAAGAGGUCAAGAACAGUGGUCAAUGAACUUUGUCAAAAAAAUGUUUUUUCUACACACAGUGCAUAUCUGUGUUAAACAAUAAUUGAAGAAUUUGGUAGGAAGUAUAUGAAUAAUAUAAAGGAUUUGGGGGGAACACAAGUGAUAUAGAAAAUGUUAAUGACAGAGGUCAGGGUGAUCGCUUUAGGUAGAGGAAGGGUUUGUAGCGGGAAUGCAAAGUUUACUAUUCAAAGCCAAAUAUGCCAUUUCCAGCAUCUUGAUACUCUGAUUUAUUAGAAAACUUAGAAAUUGGGGGAGGGAGGCAAUAUUUAAUAUUUCUAUGUCAUUGUUAUGCUUUUCUAUUUCCAGUACAUGUAUUUAAAAGCAUAGGUUAACAUUGUUCCCCCAUAUCAUGAGGAGGAGGGACACCCCCCCCCCUCAAUUUCCAUCUGUGGGUAUACUACAUGUACCUUAAAGAUAGUGGCUCUCAUUUACAGGCACAAAAUGUGAGACUGGUAGAAAAUGAUAUUUGUAGAAGUAAUUACCAUGUAGGAACUUUCCUGAGAAAAUUAACUCCUUUUUCAAAUUAUAAGCAAAUGUUAAUUUCAAUUUUUGUAUAUGGAAUGCAACAGCUGUAACCUGUCACACACCUGUUAAAAAAAUAAUAAAACUAAAGAUUUGCAUAAUAUCUCUUAUUAGAAUGUAACAACCUACAUCAGUGGCACUUGAUAUAAAACAGGAUAUUUUUCUUUCUUGUCAAAUUUAAUGUUUGAGUCUGACUGUAAGUGAAAUCUAACUUUAAAUUUAAAAAAAAAUGAACAGAUAUUUUGAUAGUGAAUGCACAAUUUUCACUAUUUCUGGUAAUCUUGUUUGUUGAUUCAUCCAUCUGAAUAUACAGGUCAGCCAGCUUCGUUCAUUUUUUUCAUCAUUUUUUAUUAUCGAUGAACAACAUUGUUAAACAGUAGCUUUAAAUUCAGAUUGUAGAGGAAAUUGAGAGGAUCUUGCAUUCUUUUAAGUAUAUGUAGACUUGUAUAUGUCUGCUAAUGAUCAGAACAGAGGAAAUUCCAUUGUCUAAUCUGCUUUCAAAAAUGCUCUCCCCUUCUUACCUCCCUUCCUUUCCAUCCCUCACCUUCCUAUUUCCCAUUUUCUAUUUUUCUUGUCAUCUCUUUAUUUUCUUGCCUGAUGAUGUGAUACAUUGAAAUAUUUUCUUGUAUAUACAUUGUUUAUUUAAUAUUCAGUGUGACUGUUAUUAAUAAUAAUUAUUUGCCAAAUAAAUUGAAAUUAAAAUUGAAAAAUUUAAACUAUUAAUUUAAUAUUUUGCAUUAAGAUCUCUCCUAAAUGUUAUAAUUUGAGAUUUAUUAAUACCCGUAUUUCAAUUCAUGCUUAUUUCUAAUUUGUGAGCAUGUGCUCAAUUUAUAUUGUUUGAUUUUAGACUUGCUCAAUUUCUUUUUGGUUACCUUUGUAUUAAAUACCUUGCUGAUAAAAUAACUGAAUAGUUCCUGUGAUUUGUUUUUGCUUGUGAAUGUGACCUCCCGUUGGUGACCAGUUGAAGGUGAGAACUUUGAGUUUGUGUCCGUAUGCGUUUAGGUUCCUUUUUGAAAAUUUUGAAAAUUAGCUCGCUGAGUGUUUGUUUGAUUUUGUUGCCUCUUAAUUUUUUCUUAUAUUUAUCCAUUCCUAUGACGCUCAUUAUGAUAACUAUUAUUUAUAAAGGGGAUAGUCAUUAUAAUGGGAUGAAGAUGGUGAAAACUGCGAUAAGGGAGCAUUUGGUGAAGAUGAAUAUUAUGAUAAAGGGAAUGAUUAGGAUUAAAAAAAAAUAAUGACAGGGGUAUUCGGGUAUGAUGUAGAUCACGAAUUAUGAUUAUACCCUCUCAUGAUCUUCAUCAUCACCGAAUACCGCGUCAUAAUAAUCACCAUAUUCAGGCACCCCAUCGUCAAAAUUACCCGCUUAUCAUGAUCAUGAUCACCAAAUACACCCAUCAUCCUAAUUGUCAAAUUAACCCAAUCAUAAUUAUGAAAAUAAUUAUCCCCUUUAUCACUGAAAACCCUUUUUAUCUUAAUUAUCACCAUCUUCAUCCCACCAUCAUAAGUAUGAUAAUUAUCCCAUUUGUUAUUAUUAUCAUCAGUGUCCCUAAAGAAAUUAUGUAAGAGAAAACGGGAAAAAAAACUUGUGGAGAUAAUAGCCAUUAAGCAAGGACGGACAGGGGCUUUAGGUGCACUGUCAUGUCAUCUGAAUCUAAUUUUCAAGCGUUUUGAUACAAAACUGGAUAAAAAACAGAGUUGAUCAAAAUUUAGAGGGGCGCACACCUGUUGCACCCCCGGGAUCUGCCACUGCAUGUCAUUUUGAGUAGAUUAAGGGAGAAUUAAACCCUGGGAACAAAUUAGCUCGUGUGAAAACAGAAAAUCAAAGAAACAAAUCAAUGAAAGUUUGAAAAAACUUGAACUAUUUUCAUAAAUAAGAAAGUUAUGAGCAUUUCAAUGUUGAGAUCACUUAUGCUAUGAACACCAUCCUGUUGGCAAUGCGACUAACGUGUGGUAUGUCACAGUUGUACAACUCCCCAAUUAUUUGUCUACACAUUUUACUUAAAUUGCCACUUUUAUCAAGUCUAUCCAUAGAUCGGGUGUUUUUUUUUAAUGGGAUUGCAUGUCAUAGGGGUUCAAUAAAAUAUAUCAUGGACAAAGAGUUUUUACUAUAAUAAGAAUGUGCAAAAAUAAAUGUUUAGGGGUAUAUUUUCAGUGUACAAAGAGGAGAGUUAUACUUCCGUGACAUCACAAAUCUUGGUCGCAUUUAUAAUGGGAGGAUCCCAUUAGCAUUAGUAAUUUCGAAAUUCAAAUGCUCAUAACUUUGUUAUUGUUUGUCCAAUUGUUCUCAAACUUUCACUGAUCUCAUUCUGUGAUUUUUCUGUUUCCAUACAAGCUAACUUGAUCCAAGGGUUUCAUUCUCCUUUAAACUUCGCAUAUAAUGUGCGCAUACCACCACACAAGAAAAAAAAUGAUCAAAAACAACAAUGACCUAGACAAAAUAAUCAAUAAAUUUGUACUUCAAGGAGACACACAAAAAAAUCUCCAUUGAGUAGGCAUUUCCAAGAAGUAAUGCAUGUCUUCACAACCCAGGAAGUUUCCAGUAUGUGGAAUUAAAACAAAUGAUAAUAAUGAUAAUGGUAAUAAUAAUAAGACUAAUACUAAUAGUAAUACUAAUACUACUACUAAUAAUAAUAAUAACAAUAAUAAUAAAGAAGAUAAUAAUAAUAAUGUCAUUAUUAUCAUAGUUGUAAACAAAAGGUAUUUACAACCAUGUUAACAACAGUAUAUAGUAUAAUAACGAUGAUAAUAAUUAUAAUUAUAAUGAUAAUAGUAAUAAUAAACUAGGCCUAUGUGCAAUCGUUAUAAUGAUGAGGCUUGUAUGUUCAAAACUUGAUAAAGCAAAACAUACAUAUAUGUAUACAAGUUCUUAGUAUCACAAUAAUUGGAAGAGUAUAUUAAGGAUACAUGUCUCCCCAAUGUGUAAUCUAGAGUUAUUAUGUCCCCCUUUUGUGGCUCAGAGAGUAAUAUUAUAUAUUAUAAAGGAGACAUGAAUUAAGAAGGUAUUUCUUUUACCGAAACUGUCAAAACAGUGUGUCUUUGAUGGUAACAAGUAAUUAAGUAUUUGAAAGACUAUGUGUUGAAGAUGUUUCUGCGAAAUAAAUACAAAAUUUUUGUAAUGCUUGUUUUGAUUUUGUGGUACCAUUUUGAUAUUGUCUCCAAAAUAUUCAUUUUUAUCUCAUGUCUCCCCAUUGAUUAAUCCAAAGUUACUAUGUCUCCCUUUUGUUGCUCUGAUAGUAAUGAAAUGUGAACUGUGGUAAAGGAGACAAAAAUUACGACGGUAUAUCUUUUACUGAAAACAUGUGUCUUUGAGGGUAACAAGUAAUUAAGUAUUUGAAAGACUACGGUUUGAAGAUGUUUUCUGCGAAAUAAAAACAAAAUUGUGUAUUCUUGUUUUAAUGUUAUGGUACCAUUUUGCUAUUGUCUCCAAAAUAUUCAUUUUUAUCACAUGUCUCCCCAUUGUGUAAUCCAGAGUUAUAUAUAUAUAUAUAAUAUAUAUGUAAUGUAUAUAUAUAUAUACAUAUAUAUAUUAAAUUUUAAAGAGUUCAGAAACGCUUUCAAAAAGAUUUAUACACGCCUGAUGACCCCUGCCCUUUGGUUGUUUUGGUUCGCCGUUCAUUGUGAUGCAACAAUAAGCUUGUCUAAUGUUGGUCUCCUGUUCAUUGUGACGCAACAAUAAGCCUGAUUAGUUUUGGUGUGCGGUUUAUUGUGACGUAACAAGGUUGCUUGGCAACAACAUGCGGGCUACCGGAGGCGCGCCCCUGUUGCACACGGACAUCACAUGCACAUCAUGUGAUCCCGGCGGCGCGGAAUCGCGUCAUUCUUUCGUGGCUUUUGACGAGAAAGGAUGUGUGUCUAGGCUGGAACAAUUUUAAAUAUAUUUCGUGCAAUUUUUUGUUAAGUUACAGUUAAUAGGAACAAGUUACAGUCGUAGAACACCUUUCUGUUUUGGAAGUGAUAUCUCAGGCUUCAUCGGAACCAGCAGCGAUUAGAAACACCCGGACUGCGUCGGUUUUAAUUAUAACAGUUAGACAGGAAAUCCCGUAAUUGGCUCUUCGUGGAACUUACUUACUUAGCUGGAAGCUAUUUGGCUAAAUAGCUCUAGAGUAUGCUGAAAGCAAAGAAGAAGACCAUGAAGACGCGCAAGGAGUCGGGGCGAGGUCGACCCCGUAGGAGUCGAGAGCUUCAUGUUGCUGCUGGUACUGGUAGUGUCCCUGCAGGUCAAGAAGCAGCAGGAGGCCGAGAUAUGUCGCAGUCCUCAGGCUCAGUGGGUCCUGAUACGGCGGACCAAGGCGUGGGCCUACAAUCCCAGCAAGUAUCCGGUGAGUACGGCAAUAUAAAUCUAGGCCUAAGUGACGAUAAUGUUAGGGCUAGACCUAGAUCUAGGUCUAACGUUAGAUCUAACGCUGCUGGUAGUGUCGAAACUAGUCGAAUUGGUACGAAUGGCUGUAGGCCAGGGACUAUGUGGCCUGUUGUGGUGCAAGGGCAGGGGGAGGACCUGCGCACUGCGGUUAGCUCUCCCAGUGCGGUAAACCUUAACGCGGUGCGAGAGAACAUAGCCUCAGGGGACGGUGGGGCCAUUGUCGGAUCCUUGGCUGAGGGCAUAGAUUUAUCGACCUCUAGCACUCGACCCAACACAAGCAUAAUAAGUGAGAGUACCUUUAACGUUAGGCCUGGCGUUAGAUCGGGUGUUGGAUCUGAUAUGCGUGAGUCACAACAGGUCCCGGAUUGUGAUCCCCUCCCACAGCCACUGGUAAGCGUUUGCGACCCUCUAGGGGCGGAUAUUAGCUUAGGGUUGAAAGAAAAGAUCUGGCAGGGUGAUUAUGUCGAUCUUGUUUUGUUGCAAAAGCAAACCAGGAACAGCUUCCUUACCAAUAAUAUCGGGCCUGGCACCACAUUUCAGUUGAUGCCCUCGGCGAGCGGCUUUCAGCUGCAACCUCAGACUAACGCUAGGCAGCAAAGAAUUACUAGCAUUGAACAGUGGACUUCGGUUUUCCUCGUUUACAUAUCGAUCUACCUGGAGAGGCAUCCAGGGAGGGAGUUGUUGAAGUACAUGGAUAUGGUGCGGGGGGCUGCUCGUAACAAUGGCGGUUACGGGUGGAGGGACUAUGACGUCCAGUUUCGUCUCCGUCAGGCACGGAGCCCGGCCCGAUCUUGGGUGAGUAUCAAUGCAGAGCUUUGGUUGUUGUUAGUUGCUGGCGGUGGGCGGAGGAGCUCUUCGUUUCUCCCAUUUCAAGGAAACAUGCAGCGCCCACGGUCGGGGUUCGGGGAGCACAGAAAUACCUCCCGUGGACGGAGCAGUCCACCAACUGACUCCCGCGGUGCGAUCGGGGGUAGAUCUAGGCGCGGGGUGUGCUUUGCGUUCAACAGGGAAAACUGCUCCCGAGGACGAGGCUGCAUCUUCGUCCACCGAUGUUCCCGUUGUGGGGCCGAUGGGCACGGGGUUAAGUCAUGUUCAGUUACCUCCUCCACUGGAGCCCCCACCAGCAGUAAUUAGAUCCCGGGUUCAGUAUGGUUUAGCCCCCACUCCAGUCAAAUUGCAGGCUAUGAUUACUAUGUUGGGUACAUAUCCAAAUCAUGCACACGCACGUCAGUUACUAAACGGUUUUCAAUUCGGUUUUUCACUACAUUUCGCAGGGGCUCGGGUUCCGGUUCGUGCGAGGAAUCUCAGGUCGGCUCGUGACAAUAAAUCAGCCUUAUUGAAGAAAUUGCAAGUUGAAAUAGAGUUAGGAAGGAUAGUGGGCCCAUUUGCAUCUCCUCCGUUCGCCAACUUCAGGUGUUCGCCAAUAGGUCUCGUGCCCAAGAAGGCCCCGGGGGAAUUUCGGUUGAUUCAACAUUUGUCGUCUCCAAGAGGGGGGUCCGUGAACGAGGGCAUUCCUCAGUCAGAA